UAGUGAAUCAAACAAAUCCUUCAGAGCAUUGAUACUCAGCGUUUGCCUCAUAAUUUUUCCCGCUGGCGACAGGUGAUCGACCACUGGCCACUCGCUAGCCUAGGGUUAGCUCUCCGAGAGGGAGGGAACAGCAACAAUAUUUAUAUCGGGCGCGCAGUUCUGAUCUAUAAAGACGACAAUGACGACGACAGCUUCCCAGGGUUAUCAUCAACCUUCCUCCAUUGAGGAAGUUCGAACUCUCUGGAUUGGGGAUUUGCAGUACUGGGUCGACGAAAAUUACCUUAGUCACUGCUUCGCGCACACCGGAGAGGUAGUUUCCAUAAAGAUCAUACGUAACAAGAUAACUGGACAGCCUGAGGGCUAUGGAUUUGUGGAGUUUGUUUCCCAUGCAGCAGCAGAACGGAUUCUGCAAACGUACAAUGGGACGCAAAUGCCUGGAACAGAACAGACUUUCAGAUUGAAUUGGGCAUCUUUUGGUAUUGGGGAGCGGCGUCCUGAUGCUGGGCCUGAGCACUCGAUUUUUGUGGGGGACCUAGCGCCUGAUGUCACAGAUUACCUUCUGCAGGAGACCUUCCGAGCCCAUUAUCCUUCAGUUAGAGGUGCUAAAGUAGUGACUGAUCCUAAUACAGGGCGUUCCAAGGGAUAUGGGUUUGUUAAAUUUUCAGAAGAGACUGAAAGGAAUCGUGCUAUGACUGAAAUGAAUGGUGUUUAUUGCUCAAGUAGGCCAAUGCGUAUCAGUGCUGCAACGCCAAAGAAGACCACAGGUUUCCAACAGCAAUAUGCUGCAGUUAAAGCCAUAUAUCCAAUCCCAGCAUAUACUACCCCGGUAAAUGCAGUUCCACCAGAUUAUGAUAUGAAUAAUACAAGUAUUUUUGUUGGUAAUUUGGAUCUUAAUAUCACAGAAGAAGAACUGAAGCAGACAUUUUUGCACUUUGGGGAUAUUGUGUCUGUCAAGAUUCAGGCUGGCAAAGGAUGUGGCUUUGUUCAAUUUGGGACAAGAACAUCUGCUGAAGAAGCCAUUCAGAGGAUGCAGGGAAAGAUGAUAGGCCAGCAAGUGGUCCGAAUUUCUUGGGGUAGGAGCUUGACAGCUAGACAGGACUUACCUGGUGGCUGGGGAGCACAGAUGGAUCCGAGCCAAUGGAGUGCCUACUAUGGAUAUGGACAGGGCUAUGAAGCCUAUGCUUAUGGGGCAGCUCAAGACCCUUCCUUGUACGCAUAUAGUGCAUAUGCUGGCUACACACAAUACCCCCAACAGGUUGAAGGUGCUCAGGACAUGGCAUCUAUGGCUAUGCCUAAUAUUGAACAGAGGGAGGAGUUAUAUGAUCCCCUGGCUAUGCCUGAUGUUGACAAGCUGAACGCUGCAUAUCUAUCAGUACAUGGAAGUGCCAUCUUAGGGCGGCCCCUCUGGCAGAAAACCUCGCCCUCCACACAGCCGGCUUAGGAUCUAUGUAUUGCCUAAUAAUCAGUUUUUGGUACUGAUGUUCUAAAGUACUUAGUAUCUGCCACCGCGUAAUAACUAGUUCUGUUAAUAUGAUAUGGUGGGGAACUGAAUGCUUCUACUUGCAUGAUCAGCGGUCAGAUAUGGGAUUCAUCAUGCUGUAGUCCUCCUCCCCCUUUCUUUCUUUCUUUUUCCCCCGCUUUUUCACCGGCCAUUGUGCUUAGUCCCCUUGAUAACCAUUACUUCGACAAGUGACUGGUUAUAUUUAGGUUUCAAUUGCAGUUGUCGAUAGAACUCCAACCUCUAUGGUCCACAGCAAUAUCUCAAUUCGGGAAUGCUUCUUUUGAUAUUGGAGGUAAUGAGAAGCCAUUAAAAUCAGAUGUGUGGCUGCAUCAUGUCGUUUUGCACUGCCAUUUUGUUCUCGGUUUCUUUCCUUGGUUUGACCUAUUUUGUAUUAUUUUCUUAGGUUAAAGUGCAUAUUUUGUCUUUUAACUUUAUAAGAUUUGAUUUUGAUUCUUUAA